GGCGCGUUGUUGUUGGGUGGGAGAUGCCUUUUUCUUCACGGCGUUGACAGUGUUGCGGCCCACAAAAGAAAAGAAAUUUAUGAAUUUUGCUCGUCGUGUUGAGAGGCGAGAGGCCAUCCAUUCCGCAUUCCAUUUGGUAUGUUUUCCGCUCCAACAACUGCCGAUCAGACUUCAAUCUUCAGUUCUAUUUCUACUCAACUCCAUUACUAAAUCUUCAUUUCCAUAGUUUGAAUCGUUGCACAUAGAAAAUUACAGAGAAACCAAUGGCUCUACGUUGUUGCCUGAAUUUGAUUUUUGUUUUCCAUGUGCUUAUGCUAUGCCCAAUUCCUUUGUGUUCUUCUCCGAUCCCAGAAGAAUUGUCGCAAAUCCCUUUGAAUUUCCUUCAAUAUGCUAAGAGUCCAGAGGUUUUUGAUUGGAUGGUUGAUAUCAGAAGGAAAAUACACGAGAACCCUGAACUGGGUUUCGAGGAAUUUCAGACUAGCAAGCUUAUCAGAGCGGAGCUUGACCGUUUAGGCAUUUCUUAUGAGUAUCCAGUGGCCAUAACUGGCGUGGUUGGUUUCAUAGGGACUGGAAACCCUCCUUUCGUUGCUAUUCGAGCAGACAUGGAUGCUCUAGCCCUGCAGGAGGGCGUAGUAUGGGAGCAUCAAAGCAAAGUUCCUGGAAAGAUGCACGCAUGCGGCCACGAUGCUCAUGUUGCCAUGCUUUUAGGAGCUGCAAAGAUUCUUGUAGAGCAUCGCCAUCUAAUACAGGGAACAGUAGUUCUUGUGUUUCAACCAGCCGAGGAAGGAGGUGGGGGAGCGAAGAAAAUGUUAGAGACUGGAGUAUUGAACAAUGUUGAUGCCAUCUUUGGAGCACAUGUAAGUCCAAAGUAUCCUUUUGGCAUGGUGAUCUCCAGGCCUGGUCCUAUUCUGGCUGCAAGUGGUUUCUUUGAGGCAGUUAUUAGUGGUAAAGGAGGCCAUGCUGCUCUACCCCACCACACCUUUGACCCAAUUUUAGCAGCUUCCAACAUAAUUAUCAGUUUGCAACAACUAAUCUCCCGCGAAACUGAUCCAUUAGAUUCACAGGUCGUUACAGUAGCUAAGUUUCAGGGCGGUGAUGCAUUCAAUGUCAUUCCAGAUUCUGUAACAAUUGGCGGCACUUUCAGGGCGUUUUCAAGGGAAAGCUUCAUCCAACUUAAACACAGAAUUGUAGAGGUUAUCACAAAACAAGCCAACGUUCAGAGGUGCAAUGCCACUGUGGAGUUCAAUGAAGAUCAAAAGCCUUCUUUUCCAGUUACACUGAAUGACCAAGAUCUUUACGAGCAUUUUCGUGCAGUCGCUGGGGACAUGUUGGGUUCGAAGAACGUUCUUGAUAUGCAACCUUUAAUGGGAGCAGAAGACUUUGCAUUCUAUUGUGAAGCAUUCCCAGGAUUCUUCUACUUCGUUGGGAUGAAGAACGAGACUGUAGGAAAGUUCGAACCGGGACAUUCGCCUUAUUACAUAGUGAAUGAAGAUGUUAUUCCUUAUGGUGCAGCAUUGCAGGCCUCAAUCGCCACAAGGUACCUUCUAGAGUACUCACCCAAGUCUACUUCAACUAAAGGAUACUCUCGUGAUGAGCUUUAAAUAUCUUUAGCUGUGUAGUGUCAUCCAAGUAAUGGCUCUGUUUCUGUUCUGGAUCAAGUACCAGUCACUUGUCGUCUGAGAAUGUGUUUAGGGUUCCCAGAUGUAAUUUUAGAAAAACCCAUUUGCAAUGCUUAAUUGUUUAAAGUUUGGCCAGAGUGAGCCAUGAUCAUUUUGCUUAUUUGGGAUUCUAUAUAUAACCAUUUAAACCA